AUGAUUGUUUUUGCUGUUUUACCUUUGGUGUUCACUUUCUUAAAAGCAUGUACUGGGGCAGUGCUUCCCCAAUACCCUCCGCUGCCACCAUUCAUCGCUCUGGAGGAGCAUUUCACAAUAGCAGAAAUCGCCGUGCAGAAUACCGCCACACCGCCAUGGAUCGUUCAGAAGCUGCUAGACCUGGACGGCCUGCGGCUUGAGGAAAUGGACCAGGGCCGAGUUACUAAGCAGUUCCUCUCCAUCGGUGCUGCUACCGUUAACCUUUCCCAAAGCCAAGAUGCGAACAAUGUCCUAGCUGCAGCAAUCAACAAGCAUCCUUCCCGCUUCGGUGGCUGGGCGACAAUCCCCAUCUCUGACCCAGCAGCCGCGGCCGACGAACUAACCCGUAGUGUCAAGAAGCUCCGUUUUGUCGGCGCCCUUAUUAAUAAUCACGACCAAGGUAAAUUCUAUGACAAUGCCACCUACUGGCCUUUUUUUGCGCGGGCCCAGGAACUCAACGUUCCAAUCUACCUCCAUCCCGCCAAUCCAGCUAAAGAGUGGGCGUCGAGAUUCCAAGGCAAUUACCCACAGUCAAUCGCUUCUUCUCUUGGUCUCUCAGGCUGGGAUUGGCAUCAAGAGGUCGGCUUUCACAUUCUGCGCCUGUUCAACAGUGGCUUCUUCGACGAAUUCCCGCGCAUCAAGAUCAUCAUUGGGCACAUGGGAGAAAUGCUCACCUUCCAGCUCGACCGCGUCAUCGACAUCGGUGAGACGAAACGCGGUUGGCCGGCGAGGCAGCGCGACCUCCGCUCUGUCUGGAACAGCAACAUCUGGAUUACCACGAGCGGCAUGUUCUCCCUCGCGCCGUUCGCGUGCCUGUUGCGUCAAAUGCCGGUCGAUCGAAUUCUGUACAGCGUGGAUUGGCCCUACAGCAAUAACACGCAGGGUUUGGAGUUUAUGGAGAAGGUCAGACGCAGCGGGCUUGUCACGGAGGAGCAGUUCCAAGGCAUUGCUUACAUGAACGCUCAAUCGGUGCUUCAAGUACAGGUAUAA